AUUUAAGCUCCUUUGAAGAACAGAGCAAGAACAGAGCAAGAACAGAGGCAAGAACAGAGAUAAGAACAGAGCAAGAACAGAGACAAGCUCUGUUUUAGAGAGAGAGAAAAAGACAGAGAGAAAUGAAAGGAACUCAAACAAAACCUCUUGUGAUAUCCAAAUACUUCGUCUUAUCUCUGUUUUUCUCUCUCCCUUUCCUUCUUCUCUUAUCUCUCCGCCCUCACUACCACCGUCUCUCCACGGCGGCGACGGACAAUCCCCAGCCGGAAUCGGGCGAUUUAAAGAUCCGACCUGGGUACACCUCCUACGACCGGUACAUAAAGAAGCAGCUAAACAAAACCCUCGACCCGAAGCUCCGAAAGAUCUGGACGACCCGAGAUUGGGACCGGAAAAUCCAGGUUUUUUCCAGAUUCUUCGAGGGGUUGAAAGGGGAAGGGCUAAUCUCGCCGGAAUCGAAAGCUCUGUGCAUCGGAGCUCGGGUCGGGCAGGAAGUGGAGGCAUUGAGGCGGGUCGGAGUUUUGGAUUCGAUCGGAAUGGAUCUGGUUCCGUAUCCGCCGUUGGUGAUUCACGGCGAUUUUCAUAAUCAGCCGUUUGGGAAUGACACUUUCGAUUUUGAAUUCUCGAAUGUGUUCGAUCAUGCUCUGUUUCCGGAGCGGUUCGCGGCGGAGAUCGAACGGACGUUGAAGUCCGGCGGGGUCUGUGUUUUACACGUGGCGUUAUCGCGACAGACGGAUAAGUACUCCGCUAAUGAUCUGUAUAGUGUGACGGCGUUGGAGGCUCUGUUUCGGAGAUCGGCGGUGGUACGCGUCGGGAAGAUCGACGGCUUUGGAUUGGACACGGAGGUUGUCUUCCGGAAAACGACGAACAGGAUCCGACGGUCCUGAUUCGGUAAUUUUUUUGUGUUUGUUUUAAUUAAAUUGAAUUAAGAAUUUUAAAAAGGAAAUAAAAUUGUAGAAAGGAAAAAGGAAUACAGCUUGGAUUGAAUGAAUCCAAUGGGAAUUAUUGAAUUAUAUUUUGGUUUAAUUAUUGCUGA